AGACCGAGCGGGUGCGCGACCCACACGCGCCCGGCAGCGGGAUGGAGACCGAUGAGCCCGAGAGCCCCCGAGAGCCGCCGUCCCCGCCCCCGCCGCCGUCGCCGCCGUCCCCCGCGCCUCCCGAGACCCCCGGGUCCCCCCGGCCGCAGCAGCCGUCGGAGGCCUACGCCCGGCAGCUGCUGCUGGAGGAGUGGCGGCCCCCCGGCGGGAGCCUGGAGCUGCCCCCGAGCCUCACCUGGCAGCUGCUGUUCCUGCGGCGGCCGCUCCACCGCAACCUGCUGCGCUCGCCCAACCCCGAAGGCAUCAACAUUUAUGAGCCAGCACCCCCUACUGGUCCCACCCAGCAGCCCCUGGAUACUCUGGGCAACUUCCAAGGAUGGUACAUUAGGACCGAAAAGCUCCAGCAGAACCUCAGCUGGACCGUGAAGCAGCAGUGUGUGGAUCUCCUGGCCGAGGGCCUGUGGGAGGAGCUCCUUGACGACGAGCAGCCGGACAUCACGGUCAUGGACUGGUACGAGGACAGCCGACUGGACACGUGUGUCUACGAGCUGCACGUGUGGCUGCUGGCGGCCGACCGCCGCACGGUCAUCGCGCAGCAUCAUGUGGCCCCCCGCGCCUCCGGGAGAGGCCGCCCCGGCUGCUGGGUCCAGGUGUCGCACGUGUUCCGCCAGUACGGCCCUGGUGUGCGGUUUGUCCACUUCCUGCACAAGACCAAGAACCGGAGGGAGCCCAGUGGGCUGCGGCGGACCAGGGUGACCGACUCCUCUGUGUCUGUGCAGUUCAGGGAGUGACUGGCGAGCUCUGGGCCUGUUCCGACCCCUGGUCUCCCUUGUCCCCUGCCUUGACACGUUCAUGAUCCCUUAGCACCUCCCUGACCCUUUGCACCUCCCCGACCCCUUAGUAUCUCCUUGUUUCCUGACCACUUUGAUCACUUCUCUCUCUUUCACCUCCCUGAGGCUUAGAAGCCCUUACCUCCUAGCGCCUCCUCCUCGACCCUCUGGCUCUGCCUCAUUCUCUUAGCACCUCCUCGAUGCUCCCCACCUGUUCCCUUAGUACCUUCAUGACCCCUCAGCUUCUCCUUGAUCCAUUGCCACCCCCUGGGCCCCUCAUUCCUGCCUGGCCCUCGGCUCCUCACUGACGUCUUCACACACCCUCGAAUGGCUGACUCGUUGGUCUUUCUCCUGCACUGUCUGAGCUCCAGAGGGGCUGAGGGCGGUGGCCACUUCUUCCUGGGUGAGCACUCGACACGUAGUAGGUGCUUCAUAAAUCUUUAUGGGUUGAUGAAUAAAUUCAGGUAUGCAAGGA